AUGCGGCUUCGCGCGCUCGCCCGCGGCGCGCUCGCGGAGGCGCUGACGCGCGCGCGCUUCGCCGACGAGGCGUCGCAUCGCGCGAGCGCGAGCGCGACGCGCGCGAGCGGGCGCGCGAUCGCGCUUAGGUUUCUGUCGACGACGACGACGAACGGCGACGACGACGACGACGCGGGCGAGGACGCGAACGCGACGACGACGCGAGCGACGAACGAUGACGAGGGUGACGACGCGACGGCGCGGGACGCGGAGACGGCGAAACGGCGGACGCGACGACGGACGGCGCAGACGCGAGCGAGGCUCGAACCGUCGCCUCGGGACGCGGCGAACGUCUACGUGAAAAACAUGCCGCCGGGCGUGGACGAGGACAUGCUGAAGCGGACGUUUAGAAAGUAUGGACCGAUAUUAUCGGCGAAAGCGCUGAAUCCCGAGGGGCCGUGGCCGGGCGGGCUGGUGCGCUUCGUGAGGGCGGAACACGCGGAGAAGGCGAUCGCGGCGGCGAGCGAGGGCGAGUUGGGGGCGCUGGACGGCGCGCCGGGGGCGUUGGUGUUGCGAUUAGCGGCAAAGAAACCGCAAGAAGGGGAAGUUGAGGAGAUGUCACCGACGCCGAGGCGAAAGUCGCGAAAAGUGAUUGAGAAUUUGACGUCGCUCGUCGGCGACGACGGCGAACCGUUGGACGCGGAGGCGGCGGCGGAGGCGUUGGAGAGGCGAGAGGCGGAGAUUGCAAAUCGUCGCAAGAUUCGAGCAGAAAAGUUAAUGGAUCAGAAGGCAAAGGCGCGGGAGAUGUCUGAAGCGCGGCGUGCCGAACGCGUCGCCGCGGGGCGAGAAAAUGUUAAAUUUUUCGUGCCUCGCUACAAGCGACGCACCGACGGCGGCUCGGUGGAUGAUUUGAAGUUUGAUCCAUCGCUUUUAGCAUCCACGUCGUCGCGACGUAGCAAGGAUGGCGCCAUGGGAAUGGGUAUCGCACAGCGUAGACGCGCUGCGCCGUCGACGCGUCGUCGCGAGAAGAGAGGCGACGCGCAAGACGCGAAGAUUCAACAGGCGCUCACCGAGCGCAUUCGCGUCGCGCGUCAGCUUCAAGCCGAGAACAAGACUUACGAUUAUGACAGGCAAGAGUUCGAUCGUAAGAGUUUGCUUUUGUUCCACGAAAACCUCGAUGUUGCGCAUAUCAUCGAAACGCCACGCCUUGGGAGCCAAGAACGAGCGCAGAGCGACGAAGAGUACGUCGAAGCGAACAAGGAGUGGCUGAUGCAAGCCGCCGAGGUGGAGAGCGAGGAAGAGUUUGAGUUUUUGAAGAAGGAAGCGGUGGAGGCGAGAGCGCAGCAGCGCGAUUACGAACGUUUGAUGCGUAAGCGCGCGGGUUUGUCUCCUUUCCGCGAUAACUUCCUCGCCGAACGCGCCUCGCUCGAAGCCGUCGUCUCCGACAUCGACAAAGACAACGUCUUGCGCGAAAUGUCGAAGAUGGCGGUGAACACGCUCGACGCCAAUCCGUAUUGGAAAUAUGCGGACAAGAUUCGACUUUUAGAGAGAUUGGAAAGAGAAGCGACGGUGAUGUCAGGCGUCACGGCGGAGGAUUCUUCGUCUUAG